GUCUGGCAACCCUGCUGCAGGGUUUGUUUACAUCAGGUAGUAUCAGCUGAUGGCGGAGGCGGUGAGGAGGCCACGCAACCGCUCCAAGAAAGUGGUUCAGCAGAAAUGUGAUAACGUCAAAGUGAGGGAAGAGAGUGAGGAAAAUGACAGUCUGGAGGAACUGUUGCAUGAGUAUGGGGACACACCGCUCCCUGAGGUGGAGAGGCAGGAGGAGGAGAAGGAUGAACACCUUAACAAUUCCUCAGCUGACAUCAGUGAAUCUAGAGAAGGAGUGGGUGAAUCAGAAACAACUUCAACAUGCCCCAGCAAAACUCUCGAGGCAGAAGAUGUCAACAAAUCAUUAUUUAGCCAGAAGGAGCAGAAAGAGAGCACUAUGCCCUCAGCUCCAGCCUUUGGUGAACUACAGCAUCAGUUGACCCCUAUUGACCCUUAUUACCAAGCUCAAAAGCAGCUGAAGGAAUUGGUAAUUACAGAUUCUCAGCUGUGUGUACCCCAGUCCAAGCAUAUAAAUAGCGGUGGUGUAGUGCAACAUAAGGUUAUGAGUCAUAGUGUACAUAGUGGUAGUGUGGUAGUGGAGACACAGAGUGAUAUCCUGCCAAGUGUUCCAAGGCUUGAGGACAUUGAGGGACACUUAGAAAAUGGGACAGUAUUAGAGGACGGUAUUGUUGAUGAGGCUGUGGAGCACACGGGGGAGGAACCUGCUGCCAAGACAAAAAUUACGCUAGCAGAAGAGUGCAGCAUUGAACCGAUGACUGAAAUACAGCUGAGUGCUCUCUACCAAAACCAUGAACUUGAAGAAAAUGAGGCUUACAUAGCGCACUUCAUAGAGCACGAGAGGACUACACCUCACUUAGAGUUUUAUGAGCUUGUUCUUGGUUACUUGAGGGCAAGAACAAACCUGAUAGGUAUCCAGAAAGAGCUGUCCACCAUUCAGGAGGACUAUGAGAGGCAGAAGAAGAACAUUUGGGUGUUUGAGAAGCGGACAGUCACAGAGGAAGGGGAGUGUGAGGACGGUGCUUUACUAACCAUCAAACAUGAGUAUGAAGUUGCUUGCUUUAAGGAAGAAAUAUCAGAGCAUGUGUCAAAGCUCCUGAAGCAAACAAGGGAGCUGUUGGGCAACUCUUAUGCUCUCCACUCCUAUGAAGCUGAGAUGUGCAAGCUUCAAGUGGAAAAUUACAUGCAGAAAGUCCUGAGUGAUUGCAAAGAAUUUGUGGAUCUUCCAAAGAAUGCACAGGUGUGUGCUAGCAGCCUGAAGGAGCACCAGCCAUACCUGCAUCUGCAUGUGGAGAAGUUACAGAACUGCAUCAGUGUUCUGUUUGCAUUUCAACGCCGAGGGGUGAAGGACCACCAGUUUGUGAGGGACAGCCGGCAGUGGCUGACGGACUUGGUGGCUGUGCUGCUGCGGGUGGCAACGCGGCAGGACCACCUCUUCCUCCUGAACCACAUCCUAAGGUGUCCUGCAGGUGUGGGCACCUGGGCACCUUCCUAUAUACAGAUCGGGGGUGAAUGGCAGCAGGACAUUGCAGGAGGUAUUCUUGGAUGCUGGCCUCUGGAUCACUCCCUCACUGUGCUCUCCACCAUCGUGCAACCAGUCAGUGCUAGGGAGGACUUCCUGCACCACAUCAGACACACAGCACUGCCUGGGGGAACAAGUGAGGGUGGGAUGGGCCAGAAUGGAAUGGACAAUGUUUGGGUGGUGGUGGAUAGCUCAGGGGAGGAGGAAGAGGACCCAUCACAGCUCUGGGCAGCCUUCACAGAAAAUGAUGUCAUUCAGAUUCUGAACCAAGUGCCAUUCAAGAAGAUAUUCCAACACAUGCUGCUGGUACAGGAUGAGAAACAAACUCGGGCACUGAACUAUGAGGUGAUGCGCACCUCUCACCAGGGCCUCCUGAAGCUUUUUGCCUUUGCCAGAUGCCUUAUUGAUCUCUUCCAUAAAGGGCUCAAAACAUUCUCUCAGGUUCGCUAUCGAGGGGCCAGCAAGAGGCUGUGUCGGCUGCUACGUCACACCGUGGAGUACGUGACAGAUCAUUGGCAAGGGUGUCUGGUGACCCACCAACACAACCCUGCCCUGGAUGCCCCACAAUGGACCUCCCUGCAGGUGGAAUAUGAUCAGCUCUUUGAGGCAGCUGUGGACAGUAUCUUCAGCAGCCCCCGAUCAGGAGCCUGGCAGUUUCUGGCAGUCAUCCCUUACGGCAGUGUGUCCCUCACAAGGUUGUGGAAGAUUGUUUACAAACUACAUGUUGGGAUGAAGAGGGAAUCAAUUGAGGCAGCCAGCAAGAAGAAUACAGAGAACCUCACAGCAAAUCAGUGGGCCGAGCUGGUGGCCCACUCAGACACUAGGGGACAGUUCCAUGAUUGCCUGCUGAAGCUGGAGGAAAAUGAAGGCUUCUACCUCCUCUCAGCACUGGCCAACAUGACAGUCACCAGGGAGCCCACAGAGAAUGUCUUCAUACAGGUGGUGGUGAGCAAUAUCUUUGAGGUGGCCUUCAUCAAUGAGGGCACAAGAGAAUCACUGUGUCGCACUGGUCGUGACCUGCUGGCCUCCGUGGGAAGCACUCAUCCUGUCAUCAUGUCACACCUACUCACCACAACUCAGGAGAAAAUAAUGCACCUGGGAAGCAUGGCAUUGUACCUGUUCCGAGCACUGCCCAUUGAGGUGUGGUGCCCCACUGAGGAGGACAUGACCUGUGUGUCCCACUGGCUGCUCUUCAUGCCAGCCGCCAGUGUGGAGAACCAGCUGGCCCGUGUGAUACUCUCUAAGCUCAACUGGAGUGAGAAUGAGGCCAAGACAAAACUGGUACUGCCACAGGAACUGCACCAAAAGGUGGCACUGACUGUCCUGGAAGCUCACAUCAAGAUAUGCCGUGAUCUCUACUCUGGAAACCUUCUGACAGAGGGUGUGAAGCAUGUGACAGCAGCCAUGUACACCCCUGCUCCUGAAAAGGUGUUCUUCCUGUGGUCAUGGGAAAUGUUAACUCGCCUGCGUCUUCAUCGCCUGGACCAACCAGAGUCACAGGUGCGUGCUGCUCUGGCCUGCCCCGCCUCCCUGCUGGUGGACAUGCCAGACCCAACCUCCAUCACAAUCACACAGGCGUCCCUGAUGAACGUUGUGAAGCGUGGCAUAAUGGACAAGAAACCACUGGCACUCUAUGCUGCUCUCCUGAUGACCACUUGGGGACACUCCUUGCCUGAGAUAUGUGAGCAUGGUGUGGAGUGCAUGCAUGAGCUGGUGGUGCAGGGGCGGUGUGAGGCCAUCAUUCAUGCCCUUGGACAGAUCACCCCCCUCUUCUUUUCCCAACCAGAGGACCUCACCACCAACACCAGAUUUAUGUUGGCCGUUCAGAAGUGUUUGGCAGCUGACCAGUCCUACAUAACACUGGCCAAGAGCUUUGUCUCAGCAUCACCACCUGGCAAGAUCCUCACUCUCUUUGCUGCCAUGAUUGUCCACCACAUCAAGGAUCACAAGAGGUACAGUUUUGUGUCUGGAGCACCAGCUGUAAGGUUUUGGCUGCAGCUGCUCAUUGGGGUGCCUGAGUGGGUGCACAACAGCUCUGUUCUCUACUUACUGGACAUCAUCUGCCAGCAUGCCUUUGUGCAGCCUAUCUGCUGGCAAGAAGUCCUUAGGGCAUUCUCAGAAGUCAUGAAAAGCCCUGAGUACCAGCACACAGGUGGGGGAGGAGUGUUUGCCUUGCUCUCUUGGCUGACAGCUGGAACCACUGCCCCAAACUCCCUGUUGGUGCCCUCAGCGCCUGAGUUCCCAUGGUUCACCAUUGCUGUGCUCAUCCUGGAAACACAGCAGGAGAUUGGAUCAGGGCUGUGGAAGAAUCUCUUGGUGGAGCUCUUCAAUCACCCUGACAUCGGACUGGAGCAAGCUGUCAAGAAAGUACAGUCAGAUUUGGGCCUGGGUCCUGUAUCGUCCAACCUUCUCAGCAUCUACCGGUGGGGCCAGCAGGUGGUGGAUCUCCCAGCAGACCACCCUGCCCUCCCUCUCACCCUGCAGAUGUACUUCCUGCUUCACCUGGCUCGUGUUCCUCCCCAGCCUGGGAAAUAUGAAUGUUGCAGUGUUGUUUCCGAGUUCUAUAAAGGAUACAUUAAUUCCUCUUUCUUGGGAAAGAUAAAGAAGAAAGUGCUGACAUGUACUGAGCUUCUUGAGUCUAGAGUGCACCAACAGCAAGAUCAGGAAGAUGAAGACAACCCACCAAACCCUCAGCUUGGUGCAAUGGCCCGUUUGGUACGAGGAAUGCAGGCGUGGCUAGAGGAGGAGCGACUGUAUGAGCCCGGAGUGUACCUGCCAGCCCUGCCCCCUCACCUGCUGCCUCAUCACCUUGUUCAAAUCUUCCAGGGUAACUGGGAACCAUGGCCUGAAGCUGUUGAUCGAAAUGCCAUUGAAGAUAAUAGCCAAAACCUCCUCAAAGUGUGGCACCAGCAUCGCAAUGGCAGUGGAAGCGCGUCAGCAUCCCCGUCAGCCUCCCCUCAACACUCAGUCAUGCAGGAGUGUCCAAAGAAACAAAAACAGAGAGACCACAGGGCAGCUAUUCUUAAGAGGCUAGGCACCUACGAGCCUCCCAAGCCACCCCCUGCCGUGCCCCCUAGGAGUCCCCUGCACACCCCACUCCUCCAUGACAAGACUCUCAAGGACCCAGAUGCUUUGCUCUGCCAUGUUCUUCACUACACAGACCUGGUUGCUGAACACUCAAGUGCAGUAAACAUCUGGUGUAAGGAGUUGUGUGCACUGGACUGUGUGUACCGGGAAGUGUUACCACGGCUCUGGUUCAACACAAACACCAAGAUGGUCCAGACAGCCAAAUGUAAGCCUCCAAAGGUUGGCCGGCAGCAGCCUGAGUGUUGUGGAGAGGCAAGCAUUGUGCUGGAGUUUUCAGAGGCUCGCCUAAAUGAGAGAGAAAAUGCUCGCAUUGAACAGAACAGGGAACAGUCUGAGGGUGUGGUGCAACGGUGCCUCAAGCCUCCACCGCUGCAGUUAUGUCAGGCUGCUGUUAGUCUAGAGGCAAUCAUCACCACGCUGGUGAACAGAUUCCGCAAGGCAAAGCAUGGGGAAAGCAAACAGACCCUCUUCCAGCUUCUGACAAGUGGCCGGCAAGUCUUCUACCACAUUGUGCAGCUCACCUCAGAGGACACCAGUGCCUAUCCUCCUGCCAAGCAGUUGAUUACCUCCUGUGCAGAAGUUCUUGGUCAGGAAUUUGUGAGUGGCCAUGGGGAUUGCCAGGAGAAGUUAGUGUCUGAAGUUCUGGAGUGGGGAGGGCAGGUGGGAGGGCUGCUGGCACCUCACUUCACCCCGAGUGUCACCAGCACCGCCACUUUCCUUUCUCUGUAUUCCUCCCUGUGUCGCCAUGCCUCGGUAUCACCUGACCACACCUUCAUGUUGCUCUCCAAGUUUGAUCUGGAGAACUGGGUGUCCACUGCUCAACUGAGCACUGGCGAGUGUAGCAAGCUGGUGGGGAGUGUUGGGGCAGCUCUGUGUUCCCUCCUGCCCCAGCCACAACCUAGUCUUCUCAUGGUGCUUGAGCUGUACCGAGUCCACUUGAAGAGUUUGCUGAACCAUAAGUUCCCUCAACACUACAUGGAAGUGCUCAACAUACUGCUUCAAGUGUCUGCCUCCACACAGGAGGACUGUGGUGGGGUGAGCACUGGUCUGUGGUAUGACCUGAUCAAUUCUCUGGCGAUGGGUGUCACCUGCUUCACCCCAGACAUGGAGCGGCAGGCUGUAGUGCAGGCUAUUAGGGACUACGCUCAGCAUCAGGCAAGACUCUCACAAGCUAUGGUGGAUGAUACACUGAAAAUGUUGUCCAACUACUUUGUGAAGCAGCGGCUGGAGUUUGGUCUGUACGGUCUUUACCCAAAGUACCGACUGCAUAUCAGACCUAUUUCAGUAUUCCUCUGCCUCUUGUCCCACACCUACAUUGUCACCACACUGCAUGCCAGACCUGGCACCCUCCAAGACGAUGUGGUGCAGAAGGUGUGGAGGACAGUGGAGGGUGUGUGGGCUGGGUGGGUGGCCCCUCUAGGUGGUGCUGACAGACAGACAUGCCCAGAUUGGCUUCGUCACCUCACUCAUGACAUUCAGCUGCUGUUGCCCUGGGCUCCAAGUGAUGCCAGUGCUGCUGACUCCAUGGUUGCUAUGUUUGUUGCUUCCAUUGAUUACAUCCAUGAGUUGCUACCAGGUCAGUCAAGCAUGCUGUCCAUCUUGUUGGAGUACUACAGUAAUACCUUUGCUGUGAGAGAGGUGAAGAGUCAUGUCUUGGUGGUAGUGCACACCCACCUUGCAGCCCUCUCCUGGCACCACCUGCAUCCUUCCCUCCAGGACACCCUCACCCUGUGCAAGGUGGUGGAGCAGUACCUGCCAGAGUGCCACAGCUUCAUGGGGCAGGUGUUAGUGCAGGUGAACUGGGGAAAGGUCCUUGAGGCUGCACUGGCACCCCCCACCACCAACAGCCACAUGGCAAUCAAGGCCUCACAAGGUGAGUGCCAUACAUCUGUGGGGAGUUACUCAUCAGAUCAGAUUGCUGCCAAACUACACACCUGCCUCCUCAACCUCCUAGUGAGGAUCUCCAUGGAGCCAAGUGUGAGACAGUCACCCCUGCUCCAGACACUGCUCCUUGAGUCUGAAAGAUUUGCUUGGUGGCUCAUAGAUGGCGACAGCUUCCAGCGAGUUGUUAAUUGGUGGGUGAUGAGCUGUGACCCACGUAUCAUCCUCUCCUUGCCAGACAGAAACCCAGUUGACAUCUCCAUCAUACAAUUGUUGCACCGUGCUGCUGGUUAUACCUCAGACACCACCUCCUUUCACCCCGACACAGCCACUAAGAGGGCGCUGCUGGUGCGGGCGGCGGUGCGGCUGGUGACCACUGCUGCAGCACGUCACAAGGCCCUGCUCACCGCAAGGCCACAGGUCUUCGCCGCCACCAUCCGUGCGGCCCUCACGCAUAUGGAGAACACGCUUGUAGCCACAGUGCCAAAGGAACAGCAAUGGAGUGAGGGUUGUGUUCUGAGCACUGAACUGCUAGCAGUGGUGAGUGGUGGAGCCUCGUCUGCCACUCUGCAGGAGUUGAGCAGCACAGCAGUGGUGGAAUGGUUGGGCUCUGAGGUGCAUCCGUCCCCUGGCCUCCUGCUCCCUCUGGUGUCCUCUGCUUCUCGUUCCAUCCUCCACCUUAACCACAGGAACCCUAUCCUUCAGGCUGGACUCCAUGCACUCUUUUCUCAGGAAUGGUGCGGCUGGGAAGGGGAGGUGACCUGGCCUCGUGUGUUGUCUCUUCUCUCUUUUCCCCUCACCAACCCAGCUGCGAUGCUUUCCUUAGCCGGUCAGGAAGGACAGCUGCUGGUGGUAUAUGCCCACACGCGGUGGAGGCAGCAGCAGCAGCAGAACCUCACUAGUGAUACCUUCUUCCUACUCACCUCUCUAUGUGAUAUGCUGCCAACACUAGUAUUAAGUACAGAGAUGGAGGUGGGCCUGAUACUUAUAAUUAGUGAAGUCCUUAAGUUAAUAACAAAGUUGCUUUAUGAUAAGUCAACUAUAGAGUCAGUUUGGCAACACUGUCAGGGUCUCAUUGCCCACCUGGCUGUAUGGGCCGAGGACCACUGCACCACUGGCAUUCUGGCUGCAAUAGGUCUGGGCCGCCAGUCACCAAUGUCCCUUAAGUUUCGCCUCAUAUGUCGUGCUGUGGCGACCUUCUUAAAGCUGCAGAUGCCUCAGGAAGGUGUGUUCCGAACCCAUCCACUGCAGGCUCACAGUGAUGUUGAUGAGCUGCAGAGUAGUGGUGGAGGAGAGACUUGUACCCUGAACCAGCUGCGAGCUCUUACCACAAAUUCAGCCUAUGCUACUCUCUUACACCCCAUUGGUCAAGCUGUCCAGUUUUUGGAAGACCCUGGGCAUUGUUUGGCUGAUGUCCAUGUGCUGCUUGGCAAUCUUGUGGCUGAGCUGCACCGAGACCCUGUGUUGCACCAUUUGUGUGACACAGCAGCAUCACCAAACUUUAGUGAAGCAUCAGCUCCCCCACCUCCUUAGCAAUGACAGUGAUAUGUGAUAUUUUGUAAUGAAAAACCAUCUUCUUAUUUGGAAUUUAGUUUUUUAUUUUGGUUUUGAGGAUGGUUUUAUUGUGUGAUAUUCCAUUAUUAAGUAGUUAUUUAAUUGUAGAAGCAGACUGUGUCUGCUUUGCUAGAUGUUUUGUUUUCAUUAAGAGAGGAUAACUUUUAUAUCUAGAGUUCCCUGAAUAUUAAGCGAGCAUAGGUUAAGUAUAUACAUAUAUACAAUUUAUCUGAAAACCUAAUGCAGUUCCUACAUCAAACUGUAUAUUUUUUAUUUAAGGAAUAUUAACUUCCAACUCAAAAUAUGGCUGAAAAAAGUUUAAUCUUACUAGACUCUUUGGAUGCCACUGAUUUUACCAUCUAGUGUGUAGAGCACAUGUAGCAAAAUCCUUCCUGCCCAUGAUAGAGAAUUGUGGAUUGAAUUUGUCUUGCUGUGUGAGCCAGAGUGUGGUGGUUGCCAACAGUGACCAGAAAGCCACUGUAUAAUAUUGUUUUGGCUUCAUUUGUUUAAAACAAAUGUCAGCAGGGUCCAAACUUUAGAUUAAUUCUUACUUAAGAACUUCUUGUUUCCUGAAGACAGCUACACACUUUUCAUGGUUUCAGAUGGUUUAUCCGAAGACAGAAACUGGGAACACUUAUUUUACUAUCCAUAGUAAUACUACCUUACUAAAUGUUUUCAACUGCAACAAAUCAGUUUUAUAGUAUUUAUUUAAAUUCAGUAGUGCAAUUUUUCAUUUAGCUUUGUGAAUUUAAUUAUGAUAGUUUAUAUUUUUUAUACACAAUAGAAAAUUAUUGCUCAGUAGGAAACAACAAAUGCUUUAAUGACUCGCAUUUCUUUAUUCCAGUCACCUACCAGCACUAUUGAAGCUGGAAAAAAUUAUUUCAUCUUCAUUAUUCAUUAUCACUGGCCCAUUAAACUGUUAAGUUCUCAAGUUCAUUAUGCAGUGCUUGAAAAUGAAGUAGAUGCAGCUUGGCAAGGAGCAGCUAUCAGCAACACAUAAGACUAACCUGCUGAAAACCAGGUCUCACCUAUUUCUAAGCACUUUUCAAAAAUUCUUCCUCUCAAAUUUCUACUUCGUGGCAUUACAUAGCAUUUGUGGUGCAAAAAAGAUAAUACAAAUAAACCUUGCAGAGAUGUCUAGUAUCAGAGUACAGGAUAUAAAGCGAGUUUCUGAGGAUAUUGCCAGAGGUAAAGUACGAUUAUUCAAAGUGGAAAAUGUUUCAUUUACAUGUGUAUUUUGAGGUGUUACUUAGCUGUGGCAUGAAAUUCAAGUGUAGUCUGGUGAUGUACAAUGGCAAGGCCAGGCAGGUAUGCUUGCUGAAGAUCCAAAAAUGUAACAAUUCAAUCAUGAUUCCAAAAGUUUUGGAGCUUUACAGUAUUUCAUGAUGAAACAAGUGACAACACACUGAUACUUGUUUCUGAUAAACAUUACACCAAGAGAGUAUGGAUGUAAUAAACAGCAAAUGAAAGGCUGUGUGGCACCAUGCUUAUAUAGGCAGGAAGUGGGAUGGAAUGAAGUUAACAGCAAACCAGUUGAUUAAUAUUCAGAUCACACAGUUUCUUUACAAGACAAAGACAAUUCAUGCGUUCAGAUUGUAUUGCAUGACUUAAAACAAUGUACGUAUAGUAUAUUGAGUUGGUAUUUCUUCACCAUAGUUAUUAACCCAGUCCUGCCACUGUAUCUGUUGCCAGGCCAUACUUGAAUUUCAUGCCACAGCUAAAUGGCUCAAAAAAGACAUUGCAAAUGUAUGUGCCAAGGACAUUUUUGGCUUUGAAAAACCUGCAUAUGAAUCACCCCUGGCAAUAUCCAGACUCAUGUUAUACCCUAUAUAUUUCACAUAGCAUUUAUAACAAACUAAAAACAAGGUAUGUCAAAAAAUAUAGCUGGCCUGUCCUGAGGUCAGUCAAAGCAGUAGUUUUUUAUUAUUUUAUAAUAUUUUUGCAGCAACAUGAGACUGCAGAGCUGGACAAUAAUAUUACUAAAAGACUACUCCAGUGACUAGUCUGAGGCAUGGCCUGAUGCACCUUACAAACAACCAUUUUUUCAACAGUUGAUGGUCUUGAUAUUCAACAACAGUUGCAUGGAGAUAUAUCAUCCUGUUAUAUCUCCAUCUGAAACAUAUUCUACAUUGCACAAAGGAUGAGUGAUGUUGGGAAUUGAUAUGACGUCUUGUUUUUGUUUUUAAGCAAUAACCCUGACCAUGCAACACCUACUUUACUAUCAAGCACACCAGUUCAUCUUGGUGUCCAUUCCCUUCAUACAAAGCAUGAGUUAUAGCAUUUGGUGCUGCUAACUUGCCUGUAUACAAUGUUUUAUGUAUGUGUAUAUAUGCUGUUUUCAUAGCAAUAUCAAGCUCCAAGAUUAAUUGCUUAAUCUGGUCAUUGAAUUUGUAAGCUUUCAGAAAUAAUAAUAAUUAUAAUAAAAA